GUCUAGACUGCGCGGAAGGCGUUCGCGCGCCCAAAUUCUCCCCGCCCCUUCCCCCGAUCCCCUUCCGCUUUUAACGCAAACCCUACCACGCAGCCUACAAAAAGUCGUGUUUAGGCUUUUGUACAUUAUGCUUUUGCUUCCCCACUAAAAUGCUCCAUCUUAAAGCUCCAUUUUCCCCACUAAAAUGCUCGGUCUCCCCAAAAAAGUCACUAAAAUGCUCGGAUAAUGCUCAUUAUACAAACGGUUUUUUUAAAAUUAAUUUCAAAGUUUACACUCACAAAAACGUGCAAGUGUUGCAAGUAACAACGACAACGUGUACAAGUUCAUAAAUACAGCCAAAAAAAACAGCAGUAUUAGGUUUUUUGUGAAUUUUGAGUUUUAGUCUUCAUUUUCUUUAAAAAUGCAGGAGCUCGUGGGGCAUGGGCUCCUGAAAAAAGUUAAUUUCUAUUUUAUUUUCUCGGAAAAAUUUACUUUCAGGGGAAAAUGCCACUAAAAUGCUCGAAUAAUGCUCAAUGCUUUUGCCUCGCUAAAAUGCUCGAAAAAAUGCUAGCAUAAUGUACAAAAGCCUAGUCGUGUUCCAUUUACUUUCCAUCCUGAUUUUCCGGAAAAUUUUGGUAAAUGGUAAACAGCCACAUGCUCUCACGCAACAGCAAGUGGUAACGUUUGCGCAUGCGUCAAGCUUGCUGGGAAGCACUUGUUGUCGGGAAAUCGUAAUGGCCGAAAGCCGUCCUGAAGCACUUUCAAGGGAGAUUUUUUUGCAUACCCAAUCGACAACAGACAUGUCUUAUAGAUUGGAUACUUUGGCUAAGCCAUGAUGAAGUGUCAUGUAUGGGAGAGGGACCAUUUAGGUGGUUAAUUUUCGUCCAUUUGGCUCCUCUGAUGAAGCAGAUAAAGCGUUCACGAGGUCGUUUGUUGUGAUAUGUUGAUUUGUUGACAUUCAAGCGGUCACGGAUUUCUGGGUUAUCGUCCACGAUCUGCAGAGCUGCCUAACAUUUAGGUAAGAUAUACCCCUUGAUUUACUUUUUGUGAAAUGUGGAGCAGCAUCAUCGAAUGUUAUGUGUUAAAAUUAUAGCAGCCUGAAUUCAACGUAAUUUAUGUGACCCUGGUAUUUUUGUAGUAUUUGACCCUGACCGUACAGCGAGAUCCAGUAAUAUAUCCCACACAAGCGACUAAACAGGUGAAACUUCUCUUUCGGUCACUCCGUAUUUUCACUUUUAAUGGUUAAUUCAAAGGGGGGAAGUUCGAGUAUUUUGAUACUAUUUAGCGGCAUGAAAUCAACAAGCAAAUUUCCUGCUCUUACAAGUAUAGCCAUAGUCGGAUGUCUCCUUCCAUUUUCGAAAAUUUGCUUUUCUGGUUUACAUUGGUGCUCUAUGGCGAUUACUUAUUCUCAGAGAUUAAGAGAUCGAGGCGGUGGAUUUUGAAAUAUUAUUUGCUAAAACUUCGUUAAAGAUGGACAAAUUUUUCUUGUCCUUUUCAACCUUGUUUUUAGAUUUUUCGUUAACAUGUAAAAGUAUAUCCCAACAAAACUUAUUUGUAAGAGCAUUGUUUCGGAACACUCUUUCAUUCUUGAAUGUUUGAUUUUGCAUCCAAGGGGGGGAACACUGAUGAAUUUGCGUGUUAAUAAUCAUGCACUGUAAGCUCUCAGAUUCACUGACAAGAACCCUCACCAUUUGGAAGAUGAUUUUAUUCUGAUAAUUAUUCAAUGAUGAUUUGUUUAUACAUACAAAACUGGCGCCUAAAAGAAUUGUAAUGUUAUGCUUAAAAUGUUUACAUCAUAUCUUGAAACAUAACUGAAAUCAUUAUAAAAUAUGAAAAUACACAUAUGUGCAUUCUUUUCCCUGCCCUACUAUAAAAGUGAUUUAAUAAGUGUGAUGUAAUGCAUUUUCAUAUGACCAUUAAUAUUACUCCCACUUUGACACUAGCACAAGUUCAAGUGCAAAACAAUUCUUGCCCUUGUUCACCUUUGCACUUGCUGGACUGCCAUUCCUGUUUGAAGUACAGACAACACUGGACAUGAAAUCCCUGUAUUUGAUAUCUUACAUUGGCAUCCACAUAAGAAUUAGCUUCAUCACCUACAAUGUAUUUGUAUGCUUACAAAAAUCAUAAAUGUUAUUAUUCCUUUUCUAUCCAAAAGAUUUCUUUCCUUCUUGAAUAUAAAUUCGUAUCCAUGACACUUUAGAAAUCCUGAAAUAUUUAAAGUGGUAUCGCUAGUUGUGGGCAAAAACUAAAUGCCAUAGGGGUAACUUUUCACUCUCUGAUAGAAAUAGAUCUUUUGAUACUCUGGGUCUCAUAUAUUCAGUGUUUGUGCACAUGAAUUUAGGAGCACUUAGCUUGCCAAUGUCGGUUUGGCUGUGUAUACACUGUAGUAGUGUAUAUAAUCAUAUAUCAUAGGCUGCACAAGUUGCAAUUUAUGUAAAAUUGCCCCUGAAACAAGCUCAUUGAUGCUCCUGGUGUCGCAGAUGACAAGUUAUGAAAAAUUGAUUUUGCCUUUUUCCUGUCGCAGGAGCUCCCUAUGAGAUGCUCAGCACUAAACCUUGUUGAUUCAGGUGAUAGUCAUUGAGGACGACUGCAUCGUCACAUUUAAACCAGUCACACUUUUCACUCAAGCCAUAGCAGAGCUGGUACAAAAUGGCGACUAUCCGUUUUUUAUUUUACCCUAUGCUGUCUGCAGAAUGUGAAAGGUCUGUCACUCCAUCCUGAACUGCAUCAAAUAGCCUUGGUGCCCCAGAAGACACACAGACAAGCUUUAAUUUUAAUGAGCCAUACAUUGGCUCACUUGAAGCUGCCAUAAACUCAGACUUAAUAAAUAUCAGGCUUUAAGAUCCUUGAGGUCUCCUCAUGUUGAAAUUGAAUGAAAAGGAAAAGUUAGAGCUAAUUUUCUCUCAUUUUCAAUUUUUUAAUCUUAGCCCAGAUAUGGGCUAGUCAAGGGAGCUAGGCCUUAUUAGUUAUAUCUUAAAUAAUUAACACAUGUGCAGUAGAAAAAACCAACAACAAAAUUUAUUAAAAGCAAAAAUGAGUGCAAGCAUGGAAGUAUCAGAAGCAGAAAAUUCACUUCAAUGUCUCAGAGAGAAAAUGCAGUUUUAGAUAUGACUAUGAUCUUUACUAUUUUAAGUAUUUUCACUGCUGUGUGCAUAUUUACAAUGUAGAAGUGUGGGGAGUAAAGGGAAGUAUUUUUCAUGGUUAGGGUUACCUCAAUAAAACACAUCUGUAAUAUGAAACAUCUUGUACCACACUCUUUUUUUGGCUCAUCUAAUCUUUAUUUUAGAAGUAUAAGGGGCAUGUUGGAGUCAAGAGCCUCCAUAUUACAAAAUUCUGCCUACACCCCUGUAUAAGUUAAGGCGUCACAUAGAUUUAAUAGAUGUCAUUUCUUGAGUUUGAGUCUUCAUCUAGUCAAAAAAGGAAACAUACAAUUUCAUAGCCCUGGGUGGGAUAUCUUUGAAAUUUUAUCAGUCGCAGAAUUAGGGCACUGCACCUGCUUUGGCCACUGGUGGUUAGGAUGGGGUAUCUCUGAAAAGUAAUCACUGGCAGAAUCACUGCACGAAGGUUGCACAUCUCUGAAAAACAGGGCGUUCCUGAACCAUAACUGACGUGAAAUCGUAUUAUUGCAAGGGGAUUGUCGCAAGAACUGCAGUUAUGACUAUAUAAACAGACUAGCGUUUAGAAUUUUUUUCACAGCGUUUUAUUCAAAUCGUAAGCGUCGGACGUUUUGUACUCGGUCACAACUUACAUGAAGAGAUUUUUUUCCCAAUUAUCCAGUGUUUAAAGAGGAGUUUUGCAGCUGUUACACAGAACCCCAUCGACGUGUCCGCGCGCAAGCCAAAACACGAAACAAUAAUCACUCAUGGACCACAAACCGCGCAAAAUUGUGAAUGAUCUGCGACUUAUUAGCCUUGAGACCAAUCUCGCAUAUUACAAAGAAGACUUUGUCUUAUCUGCACUCCACAAAGAUAAAACAGAUGAGUAAGACGAUGGUAAUUUUUAAAAGAGGCGCCAUUUUUCUUUGCUGCAUUCGCUGCGAUCCAAUACCACCACAAACUUCCGUCCAGCGGCUCGCGCAUACUCGCAACGUUACCACUUGCUGUUCUCUCACGCACGCACGCCUCAUGUGUCACGCCAACAUCAAGUUGGAAGGUGGUGAUCAAAAACUCGGUAGGUAUUUUUUCUGUUUCUGUUCGCUAUAAGUGGUGGAUAAAUCUCUAGUUAAGUAAAGGUUUUGUGAUUUUAUUCAGGGGAAGCCUAUUUCUGGCGUCACAAUACUGAAUUUGUUGGUCUUUUUUUGGCAGUUCGGGCGCUCACGAACAGCUCAGUUCGAUCAUCGCUAACGAAUCUUACAUUUACCUACGUACCGUUUCGCUUCUCUUCAGUUGUCAGAUCUAGCCUUUUUCUGGCAUUUGGUUUGAAAAACGAAAUGAGCUCAGUAGUCGCCGUGUCUAAGGCUUUGAAAAGAUAAAAACGGAACUCGAAUGAUGUCUUUAAAAAUAUAUAACUAGAACUUGUAGAACAUAAGCAUUUUAUUCGGCGCAUUGAAACGGAUGACAGGUCAAUCUUGCAGAGCAGGUUGAAAGCCAACUUCAUGGAGGCCGAGUCAAACCACAAAUUGAACUCGCUGUUAUGCAGAAGAAUAGCAGUGAUAAUACGUAAGCUAUAGACGGUAGCAAUCGAGAAACAAAAGGAAAACUUCGGUCAAGUUUAUACGUCGUGCCUCUGUCGUGCCGAAUUUUAAUUUUCUACAAAAGCACGGGCAAAAUGGCAGAAACGAAGCUAAACGACGUUUGACUCAAAGUUUUGAAUUAGGUUCAGGGGCACCGAACGACUUUCUGCGGUAAAAUAACUGCUCGAAGGAGCAAAUAUUGCCUAGGUUUCAAAAGCUCGAGAAAGACUAAAAAUUUCUUGGUAACCGUUCCAUUCGCCCAAGAUAUUGCGGGAGGUUUUUCAAAAUUAAAAUUUCUACUUAGUAUACUUUAUAGACGGGGAGUAAGGGGGUGUAUAUAUAAAUGCAAAAUUUGCAAUAAAUUUACUCUACCGGUUAUAAGAAAAAUUUAGCCAAAAAGUCACUUUGUAUAUUCUACAAACCGAGAUUUUUGCCAUUUUUUAACGGGUAAUUAUUUUUCAUUUACAUAUAGAACUUUUUUAUCACGCGUUCACGAGCGUCACACGAGUCACGAAACACAUCAGAUUUACGUUUUCGCGCUUCUCGUAAAUAGAGGUAGUGCAAAAUGUGAAAAACGUUACGUCCCUUGUUGUAAAACAGAGAGAUUACUAGAGUUUUACGAACCAAUAAAUUCCCAAAGGAAGCCAGCUGUAGGUGAGUCUGAGCCCACUGAAGUGUGAAGUUACAUCAAGAGAUUCAAACGUGAAUUUUAAUCAAGCCACCAGAUGCUAGUCCCGUGCUAGGCCAAAUUAACGAUUUAAUUUCUUCAAUUUAUCUUCAAUGUACGUGUACACACUCGAGGAUUUUGGCAGUUCACGGAGAUCACUGCAAUCACGAUUCACAGAAUUUUUUAUCAGGCAUCACGCGAUUCGCGGGCACUAAAAAUGGUCGAUCACGGCGUCACGAAAAUAAGCUUGCCCCCCUCUUUAUACCUAUGGUUUUCGGAGGUUGUGUUUUUCCCAUUUUAUUGCCCAGAUAUUGUGACGGCUGCCCCAUGUCCUCGAACUUUGGAUGAGACGAACUUUCGUGACGAUGACCUGAUCCCUAAGGGCCUGUUUUCAAGGAGAGGGGGUUGCCCUUGUGCUAGGGUUACCCCAGCACGCAAGCUGGGGGUUAAAGUUAGCUCUGGUUUACAAGCAAAUUGCACAGGUAGGGUUAUUCUAUCACCCGGGUCAACUUUAGCAGCUUUUCUGACGUGUUUCAUCAUGCGCGACAUUCUUUGUAACGGUCCCUAGGGAAAACACGUUAAAUUCACGAAAACACCGGAAAAUUUUAUCAGUGUAUACAGAAAAUAAUUUUUGGUUUUUCAGAUGUUUAUAAUUACGCUCAGAAAUUGGAUAAUGCCGUUCAAAUUGGCACGAUUACUAGUCACGCAUGACGGCGGAAAGUUGACCUAGGCGAGUAAACGCUCUGCUAGGAUAGGGUACAACCCUCUUGCAAAGGUAACCCUAGCACUCAGGUAGGGUUACCAGUGGCGUUAGGGUAACCCUACCUGCCUUGUCAACACGUCGUGUGAAAAAAGAAGAAAUAUGCGAGUGCUAGGGUAAUCUUAGCCUGCGUAGCAAGCGUUUCCAAUCGAGUUUGAUUGCGCGAAAGUUAGAGCGGGAGCAAAAAAAAAGGUCAUUCCUUUUUUUUGGCUCUCGUCCCAACUUUCUCGACGAACUCGCGAGGAAACGCUUGCUACGCAGGCUAGGGUAAUCUUGAUCUUGCUAGGGUAACCCUAGCUCUUGCUAGGGUAACCCUAGCACCAGGGUUACCCUCCCUCUUUGUAAACAGGGCUUAAGACAUCCAAACAAAUAGAACGGCUUUUGUGGCAGACUGCAUGAGAGUUUGUAAUUAAUUUCGUCACGAUGUUUAAUUAUAAACUAGGGAGUUUAAGCAACGCGGCCGUUUUUGAGCCAUGCCGUCAACCGGAAGUGGACUUUUCGUACCCUUCGGCCGUGAUUUGUAACAAAUUCUUGGGCAAAUUGUCUCUGUUGUUGGUUUUCACAUGACGUCACAAAAAUUCAAACUACAAAACUAUCGAUCCUACUGAGAUUUUACUUUCAUGGUGUAUAAGAGCAGCUGAAAACUAAUUUUCAAACAAAUUUUCGCUUCAAAAGGGUUCUUGGUUUUGUAAUAGAGUACGCUUGAAUUUCUAAGCUUUUGCGUGACGCAGCAUUUACAUGACGGUCGAGAGAGCUGUCAUUUAGGUUAAAAAAGUGACUUUUUUCGAGGAAGUAUUAGAAAAAGUAUUACUUUAAUGUUUAUGAGUUCCUCAUUUCGGGCCCUGUACAGUUUUUACUAUUAAAUGUCAAAAGAAAGAAAAGCGUUGAAAGAGAAGGACUCAAUUUGCUAAAAUCUGAGUGUGAUGUAAGGCUGAAAAGGGUGAGCAUAACAGCGGUCAAUAAAACCAGGAACGUGAAACAAAAAAAUAGACAAAAAUAGAUAAAUAAAUAAACUGCUGUUAUUUUCGAAUAUGAAAAAAUACUUUGUUGGAAGUAAUAAUUAGUUGGGCAAGUGAGAAGGCGUUGGAUACGGUUCCGUGCACUUGCAGUAAGAAGUGAAGGCCCGGAGGGGGUUUUGUAAUUUUUCCCACUCGGCCAAUCCUGUCAAUUGUGCGCCACUUUUUUAAUCACGAGACGGUUAUCCACCUAUAGUACAUAUAAGAAGAACUUAGUUUUGGAUUUUGGUGGGGAAGAUUCACAUUCAUGGUAGUUUCUAGACUCUUCAUAGUUCGCUGAAGAUGUCGAUCGCCACCAUUUGUUGUGGCCAGCAAAUCAGGGGAGAGUACAAAAUACCUCUUGGAAAGGGUACUCUCUAUAUAAAAAAAAAAGAAAAAAAAAAACAACAAAAGCAAACAACUAGAUCGAAACUAAAGCAAACAGAGGGGACUUUUUUUUGUAUCAAUAUGAUAAUUGGUCCUUAAAUGAUGUGUUUCAAGGUAGAAGUUCUCUUGAAUUCUGCACAUACAAAGAGGAAAAAUAAACACAAAUAUAAAAGAAAAGUAAGAUGACCAACUUGAGUUUUUGUGGUCAAGAUUGUCGUUUUUUCCUUCCGUGACUAAAAGUGGAUUUCCACUGUCACGUAAUUUUUCCGUGCGUACGCACGUAAAUAAAAUAAAGGCUAUUUAUGAAAUACCACGCGUAAACGUAUUAAAGUUGAACUUCGCUCAACUUUUACGUUUACGCGUUGCCUUUCAUAUACAUUUGUUGGCUUCACACUAGAGCUUCAAGUAUAAUGUGACUGUACUUGGAACCUACUUUGAGUGUGAAGGCGUAAAAUGUACGUAGUUAAACUUUACUUGGUGACCAUGGAAACGUUUGUAGUUCAAAGACGCCGAGAAGAUCGCCGCCAAGUGUGAGCUACACUACACUUGAGAACACACUUGACCAAUAAGAAAGGGAGGCCAUGUGCACGACGUGUACGUGCAGCGGUUACAAGAUUUUAAUGAACGGGGAAAUUGACAGCUUUUACUUCAAGUAAUAUACUUUGUCAACUAGUGUGAAGCCAUGUUUUCUACAGAGCAACUUCAGAUUUCCAAGUGCUUACUUGAAAUAAACUUAGCCUCUAGUGUGAGGCCAAUUAAUUACUCGUGUUGAUUUGCACUGUCGCGUAAUUUUUACGUGCGUAAAUAAAAUAUAGAGCCAAUGUAUGUAAGGCCGACGGGUAAACAUUCAAGUUGAGCGAGGUUCAACUUUUACGUUUUCACGCGACCUUCCAUACUAUACUAUUUUUUUUAGGCGUGUAAGAUUUACGUACGUUCGCAUAGUCUCAUAUUACGUUUUGGUUCUUUCUCAGUCUGAGAUAUUUAACAAACACACUUUCAUUGAAGUCCAGACGGGCUAAGUGUUUUUAUUAGGACGGCGUGUUAACUUUGUUAAAUUCAGUAUUUUAGGCGGUCAGCAGGUAAGACAAUUAAACUCAAAGAAGGAGAGUAGCCUCUCCGCCUUUACAUGUAGAGAUUUGUCCGACGCUGGGGCUAUCUUGAUUUAUAUUCCGUUUUUCAGGUGGCCCUCUUCAAAGGGUAAUCCUUACCUUUUUUGUGUUUGAAACCCGACGGGAAACUCUUAAGAGGGUAAACCUCUCAAGCGCUCCUUUCGUCACACUUUUGUAUCCAUAUACACCCGAUGUAUGGAGGGCUAUGCGCGCUACAAGAAUCAUCUCGCGAGUUACGAGGGGAGAUCAUAUAGUGAAUGACAAGAACUGUACAGUGACGGAUGCGACUAUAGAUUUUCUUUCGUUUUUAUUUGUCAGAACGUGCAGUUCUUUUACUUUGUUUUCUCCCUCCACAGAUCAUGGCGGAUCGUGCAUUUCAGGUAGUUUGGAAGCUUUCACCUGCCCUCAGAAGUUCAAGCAGGAUACCCAUUUACCUUGUCUCUUCGCAUUUGAACACAAGCACAGUCACAACCAACAUUUUUGAGCCUUUGCCUCGAAAGGACCUGGUAACAAGACUCAAAUCAAAGCUUAGAGACAGGCAGUUCCUCCCAGGCUCCACAGGGGGUGGCUUUCCUGAGUUUUUGGCGGAGCCACGUGAUCUAUUCCCUCUCGCUGUGCGAGUAAACGACUCAACAAAGUCUUCUCUUGCAGAGUUAACUGCAAAAUGCAUGGAAUAUGUGGAGGAAAAUUUUUCUCGGAGUCCCGCAAUAUUAUUCCGAGGUCUCCCAGCUAAAACUGCAGAAGACUUUUCCACCAUUGCCCAAGCAAUCCAAGGACAAACCAUGACAUACGAGGGCGGAACAGCAUUCCGUACCCAAAUAGAUAAAGAUGUUGGGACCUACACUGCCAGCAUUGAUCCUCCAAGUUAUACGAUAGAGCCACAUAAUGAAAUGGCAUUUAAUGAACUUUUUCCACAUAAGGUGAUGAUGAUGAAGACCCGAAGCACGAACUGUCCAGCAGACGAACGUUCAUUUUACCUCUGAUAAACUUUCGAAGUGUACCCCUAACUAUAACUACAUACAGAAAAAACAGACGCCAUAUUCAUAGAAAAAUGACCGUCACUAACACCCUCGAAAUACAGCAUAACCCCCCGACUAAAAACCUGCAAUUUCCCAAGCUAGCCUAAAUAGGUUCUACAUAAAGGGUAAUUAGCACAAUUUUAGGCUAUUAAGGUUCCUGAAAAAGGUUCUUAUUUUCUGAAGAAAAACAAUCAUGGUGGCUUAAAGUAUUAAGAUCAUAUAGUGAAUGACAAGAACUGUACAGCUCAUUCCUUCUGUAAAACCUGCAUGCAUACCAAUGCACAUUACAGUUGGAGUGAUAAGGCACCAAUGUCUCCAAAGAAGACCCUGGAUGUUACCUUACGUGCCCAAGUGUAUAGAAUUUUCUUAGCGAUUUUAGAAGAUAACUAGAACCUGUUUCAAAAUUUAGGCUAAACAGGUUCUUGUACAGAGGGGGUCCUAACUGGCAAAUUUUAGCCUAACAGGUUUUUAGUCGCGGGAUAUAUUAAUUUUUCGUCUUUGAACGCAAGAGUUUGUAGUCUGGGCAGGGGUAAAAUAACCUACUGAAUGGUUUCAACCCAUGCAGAACCUAUGUUAUAAGUAUGUACUUUUACGAUCGGGAUUACAGAUGCUCGUAGACUAGAGUUCUGAAUAUUGUACUUCUGUUCAGGACUUCAAUCUUAUAAUCCGGAAGAUCAUAUUACACAUACUUGUGACUUGUUAUUCUGCCGUUAAUUUUUCUUCUCUUGUAAGGUUUUGAGUUUUUUUCCUGCCUUUUUUUAAAGAUUUAAACGUAUAAUUUAUAGGAUAUUCCCUAAGUGAACUUUGCAGCUUAUUUAUAUUAUACACUUUAUACUCUAAUUAACUUUUUGAUAAGACGGUAAUACAUGCUCAAUCCCCUUUGAACCAUUUCCUUCCUCGCCCAAGUUAUGUUGAGUUGAUUUGUCAUACUGAGUUUUUGUUUCUGUGGAUAAAAUCCUAUGGUGUUAUAAUUCAAAUAUGAAACUAUUUUCUCAGAACUUUUGCAGAGUACUAUUUAUUGAAGUUUUUACACUGAAAAACUUAAAAACGAAGUUUGAAAUGUUUUUGUGAGUUUCCACCUUAGCCUCUGUUUAGUGUGAAAUGGGUGACGAGUCUUCACCACUUUACAAUGUUUCCCUCCAUUUUUUCUGCUAGCGAAUUAAAAAUGAACGUUAUUACAUGCAAAAGUACUACAUCUCUUACAUAUCCCUCAUUAUCACUGCCUUAUUUCUCUUGAGCAUCUACAAAUAAUCUGACUUUGUUUCUUCUCGUGUAGGUUUUCUUUUUCUGCUUGAAGGAACCUGCAGAUGGCUGUGGUGGGGAAACACCAUUAGUAAAAAACAGCGAGCUUAUUUCCAAACUGGAUCCCGGAAUUCUGCAGAAGUUUGAAGAGAAGCAGAUCCGAUAUGUACGAUAUUUGCCUGAUAAAACUCGCCAUGAGUAUAUGAACUGGCAACACGCAUUUGCAACUGAGGACAGAGAGGUAAAACACUGGGGUCUGUUCUAAUUACAAACCAGAAUACAGAAACCCAUCACCUGGAGCAGUAUUUUCGUAUUUAAUUUUUCAGUCUACUGUAUUUGUUUAACUUUCGGCAUCAAUGCAAAGUUAGGAUUUUCCCAAAUUAUAGUGAGGGUCAAAUGGAGAAGGAAAAGUCAAUCUCACUCUCAGUUUUCAUUCGCUUUGGGCCAAGCCCGAAACAAAGCAGAAAGUCCUGGGAACGAGGUUGAAAAGAUCGUUGCAGAGCCUUUGAAGAGAUAACAAAGAAGCCUCCACAACUGCUGAGUUGAACAAAAGAACUUGACCGAAAGAAAAUUCUUUAAUUAGACUGAGCGACUUGGUAGAAGCUGAUAGUGGCGAGUAUGGCUGUAUAGGCUCCUGAACAGUAAACGUUUUUAUCUUCAGUUGAAUUAAUUCAGGUUUUUCCAUCAACCUUGUAGGAUGUUGAGCCACGAGCAAAGGAUCAAGGCUACAAUGUCACAUGGGAUUCAGAUGGAGAUCUGUACCUUUGGCAAGUUAGGCCUGCCUUUAUUCGGCACCCGGUGACAAAUGAGAAAAUUUGGUUCAAUCAAGCACAUUCUCACCAUGGUUCGUACUACAAAGCGAUGCCAACAUUUUACGGCCAAGAAAUCCCAGAUGAUAAGUUCCCAUGUCACGUGUACUAUGGUGAUGGCAGCGUGAUAGAACCAGAAACAAUACAACACAUUCGAAUAAAAUCCUGGGAAUGUGCAGUUGGAUUUCAAUGGAGAAAUGGUGAUUUGUUGGUGUUAGAUAAUCUGGCUGUUCAGCAUUCUCGAAUUGGUUUCACAGGAGAUAGAAAGAUGCUUGCUUAUUUGACUGCCAAUUGAAUGGUAACAUAGCCUUAUCUGAAUCAACCUAUUCUGCUGACUGUAUGAGGCAAAAAACAAAUUAAUCGCAUUCUGUAGGCUUGGCUUGUUUAGUAGGGGUUAGUUUUCGACUGGGUCAUUGUUUUGUUUUCCCUGACCUCCGCUAUCUGUGGGUUUCAGUAAUGAAAUUUAAAUUUGAAGUAUUUUAUAGUGCUUGAAAGGGCAGUUCUAAUCUUUUGAAGGGAGUGCCGAGAUUCAAGGCUGUUGCUCGAAUUCUGGGUACAUUUCAUGACCGUCGGCUAAGAGAUGGGGUUAACAACAAUAACAACAUCGAUUUAUUAAUUCACAUUUCUCAAUUUCCUAAUUUAAUAGUUUUUUAUGUAUUGUAUUUUAAAAAACAAGCGUUGUAUAUAAAGGUUUAAUUUGACUAAAUAUAGGGGCUUAUUUUUUUCAAGCACUUUUGAGGGGGGGCUGAUGUAAUUUUAGCGAAACGCAUCAACGGGAGCAAGGUUUCUCGAGGACGGACUUGUGGUUCCCGGGCGUUAUACUGCUUUUUCUAAUAAUAUGAAAAUGUUAACAAUUCUCCACAGAGAACUAGGGCGCAAAGUUGAAACAAUAAAGCACAUGAAGUUGGAGGUCAUGUGGCAGAAGACCAAAAACAAUAUGAAUUUCCAGCCUGAAUAAACCAUAACUGAUCAGUCCACGUUAAUUGUUUGUGAAGAAUAAGGAUGGAGGGGAGGGAGGAGGUGGGCUUAUUAACUUUCUUCCUUUAAAGAGGGGGUGCAGUAGUAAAAAAAAAGGUAAAGAAAUGCCUAAGGCC